AUGAUUCCUGUUUCAUCCACAGUUAUCGAAGCCAAUUCAACACAAUAUCCUACAAAUAAAGUCUCUAAAGAUUUGACCAUGCCAAUGAAUUCUACAAAAGAAAAGACAGCAAAUAUGUCAGAAGAUCAACACCAGAAUGGUACAAUGCCUUAUAACACCACAAUACCUGAAGGGAUGUCUGAACAAAAAUUUAAAACAGAAUCCAAUCCAUCAUUUAUUGAUCUGCUGUCAAUAAGUCAGUCUUCAAAAGUAAGCCAGCCAAGCGAACCACAAUUAUUAUUGGCAACUGAGUUUUCAACAGAAAGCCACACAACAAUAAUCCAAGACUCAACAAUAUCUGAGUCUUCAGCUGUAAGCAAAACACAAUUUGCAACACAAGAGUUAUUGACAACUGCACCAACAUUAGAAAGUCAUUCAACCCCAAAACAAGCAUCAACAGCCAUUGUGUCUUUAUCAGAUAUCUAUCCAACAACUACACAACCAAUAACAGUAACACAGUCUUCAUCAGAAACUCAGGCAACAUCACAAGGUUCAUCAAUCACCUCUUCACAAUCAAGAACUCAGGCUUCAUCACAGACCCAUUCAACAAAAAAAGAAUUGUCAGCAAUAGCAUCGUCCUCAGCAGAAAUGCAUUCAUUUGCACAGCCAUCAUCAGUGACUCAGUCGACACAACAAUCCAAACAAACAUCAACAGUCUUAUCAAUAACUGAGACUUCUUCAGAAACAGAUGCAGCUCAUAAACAACGACCAUCAACAAUAGAGACAUCAUCAGAAAUGUAUCCUACAGCAACACCAAUAUCAGCAGUAGCAAAAUCUUCUUCAGAGACCCAUCUGACAACCACACAAAUUUCAUCAUUGGAAACGUCCUCAUCACAAAUCCAAUCAACAUCACAAAGUUCAUUGAAAACUGUUUCCAUGUUAGAAAUGGGUUCAAAUGCUGCACACUUAUCAUCAAUAACUGGCUCUUCAACAGAAACAAGUCAAACAACUGCACAAGUAUCAUUGAUCACAAAUCAUUCAGCUGUAACCCAACAAAGUAAGACAGUCUCAUUAGUAACAAGGUCUCUGUCAGGCAGUCAGUCAACAAUGUCACAAAUAUCAUCAACAACAGAACCUUCAUCUGAAUUAUCCCCUGCAUCAACACAACUGACGGCAGUAACGCUGAAUUCAUCAGCAACCCAUCCAACCACAGUGACAACAUUGUCAAUUACACCAUACUCAUCAGAAACUCAUUCGUCAGCACAGCGUACAUUGAUAAAUUCUUCAACAUCAGAAACCAAUCCAACAACAUUAAAGUUGUCAUCCAUAACUGGGUCCUCGUCAGAAACCCAUCCAACAGUAUCACACAUAUCAUCAUUAACUGAGUCAUCAUCAGGAACUAGACCCGGAUUAUCACAAAUAACUUCCAUGGGGCAGUCUUCAUCCGAAUCACAUUCAACGAACAAUCCAGCAACAGGAAUGACACAAUCAUCAUCAAACAGCCAGACAACUGUCAUGCAAAUAUCAUCCAGCACUGAGACAGAAGUGGAAACCACUUCAAGAGAAGCACCAGUGUCACCAGUAACUGAGACACCAUCAGUGAUACAUCCAAAAACAAGUAACCAGUCAUUCAAAACUGUGUCAUCAUCAAAAAGCAAUCCGACAAUGACGCCAUUAUCAUCCAAUAAUGAGUCCCCUAUACAACUCACUUCAAGGGAAGUACUCAUGUCCACAGUAGUGGAGAUGUCAUCAGUGACACAUCCAACAACAACUAACGCAUCAUCCAAAACUGUGCCAUUAGCAGAGAGCAACCCAGCAAUCACACAAGUAUCAUCAAUAACUAAGACUUCAUCAGAACUAUCUCGCUCAACUACACAGGGGACAACAGUGACUCAGACUUCAUCACAGAUGCAUUCAACAGGAAAAGAAUUGUCAUCAACAGCGUCAUCCUCAGUAGAAACUUAUUCACCUGCACCGACACCAUCAGUGACUCCAUCAACAGCAGAAUCCAAGUUAUCAACAUUGCGACUCUCAUCAACAACUGAGUCGUCUUCAAAUCUCCAUGGAACGCACAACCAAAAAUCAUCAACAACUGAAAAAUCAUCAGAAAUGUAUCUGACAUCAACACUUUCUUCAACAUCAGAAAGCAAUCCAACAACAACACAUACAUCUUCCGUUACUGGGCCUUCUUCAGAAUCCCAUCCAGUAGUGACGCAAGCAUCAUCAUUAACUGAGACCCCAUCAGAGACCACUCAGGAGUCAUCACAAUUAACCUCUUCAGGACAACCUUCAUCUGAAUCUCAUUCAGGAAACACUGCAGAAACACAGAUGACACAAUCAUCAUCAGAAACCCAGCAAACAAUGACAGAAUUCACAUCCAGCACUGUGUCAACAGCAGAAACCACUUCAAGACAAGCACCAGUGUCACCAGUGACUGAGAAUUCUUCAGUGACACGUUCAACAAAUAAGGUGUCAUCCAAAACUGUGCCCUCAUCGGACAGCAAUCCAACAAUCACACAAGGAUCAUCAAUCAUUAAGACUGCAUCAGAAGGAUAUUCCCCAUCAACACAAGUGUCUGUGAUUUCAUCAGAGAACCAUUCAACAAUGAAAGGAUUGUCAUCAGUAGUCUCAUCCUCAGCUGAAACCCAUUCAUCUGUACAACCAUCAUCAAUGACUCCUUCCAAAGAAAAAUCCAGUUCACAAACAUCACAAAUCUCAUCAGUAACCCCAUCAUCUUCAGAAAUCCCAGGUAGACAGAGCCAAAGCUCUGUCAGAACUGGGACUACAUCAGAAACAUAUUCUACAGCAACAGAAAUGUCAACAACAGAAAAUCAUUUGUCAGCACAUAGUACAUCAACACUUCCUUCAACAUCAGAAAACAAUCUAACAACAGUGCAUGUACCUUCCAUAACUGGGUCUUCUUCAGAAUCUCAUCCAGCAGUUAGACAAGUGUCGUCAAUAACUGAGACCCCAUCAGAGUCUACUCAGGGGUCUUUGCAAGUAACCUCUUCUGGACAAUCUUCAUCUCAAUCUCAUUCGGGAAACAAUGCAGUAACACUGAUGAUGCAAUCAUCAUCAGAAAGCAAGCCUUCCACAGGAAAAUCCAGUUCACCAACAUCACAACUCUUCUCAAUAACCCCAUCAUCUUCAGAAAUCCAUGGUACACAUACCCAAAGAUCAUUCAGGACUGGGACCACAUCAGAAACGUAUCUUACAGCAACAAAAAUGUCAACAUCAGAAAACCAUUUGUCAGCACAGAGUACAUCAACACUUUCAUCAACAUCAGAAAGCAAUCCAACAUCAGUGCAUGUACCUUCCGUUACUGGGUCUUCUUCAGAAUCCCAUCCAGUAGUGAGGCAAGUAUCAUCAAUAACUGAGACCCCAUCAGAGACCACUCAGGAGUCAUCACAAUUAACCUCUUCACGGCAAUCUUCAUCUGAAUCUCUUUCGGCAAACAUUGCAGUAACACUGAUGACACAGUCAUCAUCAGAACGCCGGCCAACAGUGACACAGCUAACAUCUAGCAAUGAGUCACCAGCAGAAACCACUUCAAGAGAAGCACGAGCAUCACCGGUAACUCAGACAUCAUCAGUAACACAUCCAAAAACAAGUAACGUGUCAUUCAAAACUUUGGCCUCAACAGAAAGUAGUCUAACAAUGACACAGUUACCACAUAGAACUAAGUCAACAGCAGAAACCACUUCAAGUGGAGCACUAGUGUCACCAGUGACUGGGACUUCGUCAGUGACACAUCCAACAACUAACCUAUCAUCCAAAACUGUGACAUCAACAGAAAGCAAUCCAACAAUAACACACAUAUCGCUAAUAACUGAGACUUCAUCAGAAGGAUAUCCACCAUCAACACAAGUGUCUGCACAAACACAGAGUUCACCAGUGACCCAUUCAACAAUGAAAGGAUUGUCAUCAGUAGUCUCAUCGUCAGCUGAAACCCAUUCAUCUGCACAACCAUCAUCAGUGACUCGUUCCACAGCUAAAUCCAGUUCAGCAACAUCACAAAUCUCUUCAGAAACGCCUUCAGCUUCAGAAACCCAUGGUACACACACCCAAAUAUCACUCAGAACUGGUACUACAUCAGAAACGUAUGCUCCACCAAAAGAGAUGCCAACAACAGAAAGCCAUUUGUCAGCACAGAGCUCAUCAAAACUUUCUUCAAUAUCAGAAAGCAAUCCAACAACAGCACAUGUAUCUUCCAUAACAGGGUCUUCUUCAGAGGCCCAUCUGUUUGUGACACAAGUUUCAUCAACAAGUAACACCCAGUUCGAGACCAGUCAAGGAUCAUCACAAUUGACCUCUGCAGGACAAUCUUCGUCUGAAUCUCAUUCGGAGUACACUCCAGUCACACUGAUGAAGCAAUCAUCAUUAGAAAGCCGGCCAACAAUGACACCAUUCUCAAGCAGCACUGUGUCAACAGCAGAAUUCCCUUCAGGACCAGCACUAGUGUCGCCAGUGACUGAAACUGCAUCAAUGACACAUUCAACAAAUUACGUGCUGUCCAAAACUGUGCCAUCAUCAGAAAGCAAUCCAACAAUAACACACGUAUCACUAACACCUAAGACCUCAUCAGAAGGAUAUCCAGCAUUAACACAAGUGUCAGCAGAAUCACAGACGUCACCAGAGACACAUUCAACAAUGAAAGGAUUGUCAUCAGUAGUGUCGUCCUCAGCUGAAACCCAUUCAUCUGCACAACCAUCAUCAGUGACUCGUUCCACAGCUAAAUCCAGUUCAGCAACGUCACAAAUCUCUUCAGAAACGCCAUCAGCUUCAGAAACCCAUGGUACACACACCCAAAUAUCACUCAGAACUGGUACUACAUCAGAAAUGUAUGCUCCACCAACAGAGAUGCCAACAACAGAAAGCCAUUUGUCAGCACAGAGCUCAUCAAAACUUUCUUCAAUCUCAGAAAGCAAUCCAACAACAGCACAUGUAUCUUCCAUAACAGGGUCUUCUUCAGAGGCCCAUCCGUUUGUGACACAAGUUUCACCAACAACUAACACCCAUUUCGAGACCAGUCAAGGAUCGUUGCAAUUGACCUCUGCAGGACAAUCUUCGUCUGAAUCUCAUUCAGAGUACACUGCAGUAACACUGAUGAAGCAAUCAUCAUCAGAAAGCCAGCCAACAACGACACCAUUCUCAAGCAGCACUGUGUCAACAGCAGAAUUCACUUCAGGACCAGCACUAGUGUCGCCAGUGACUGAAACUGCAUCAAUGACACAUUCAACAAAUUACGUGCUGUCCAAAACUGUGCCAUCAUCAGAAAGCAAUCCAACAAUAACACAUGUAUCACUAACACCUAAGACUUCAUCAGAAGGAUAUCCACCAUCAACACAAGUGUCUGCACAAACACAGAGUUCAUCAGAGACCCAUUCAACAAUGAAAGGAUUGUCAUCAGUAGUCUCAUCGUCAGCUGAAACCCAUUCAUCUGCACAACCAUCAUCUGUGACUCGUUCCACAGCUAAAUCCAGUUCAGCAACAUCACAAAUCUCUUCAGAAACGCCAUCAGCUUCAGAAGCCCAUGGUACACACACCCAAAUAUCACUCAGAACUGGUACUACAUCAGAAACGUAUGCUCCACCAACAGAGAUGCCAACAACAGAAAGCCAUUUGUCAGCACAGAGCUCAUCAAAAAUUUCUUCAAUAUCAGAAAGCAAUCCAACAACAGCACAUGUAUCUUCCAUAACAGGGUCUUCUUCAGAGGCCCAUCCGUUUGUGACACAAGUUUCAUCAACAACUAACACCCAUUUCGAGACCAGUCAAGGAUCGUCACAAUUGACCUCUGCAGGACAAUCUUCGUCUGAAUCUCAUUCGGAGUACACUCCAGUCACACUGAUGAAGCAAUCAUCAUUAGAAAGCCGGCCAACAAUGACAGCAUUCACAAGCAGCACUGUGUCAACAGCAGAAUUCACUUCAGGACCAGCACUAGUAUCACCAGUGACUGAAACUGCAUCAAUGACACAUUCAACAAAUUACGUGCUGUCCAAAACUGUGCCAUCAUCAGGAAGCAAUCCAACAAUAACACAUGUAUCACUAACACCUAAGACUUCAUCAGAAGGAUAUCCACCAUCAACACAAGUGUCAGCACAAACACAGAGUUCACCAGAGACACAUUCAACAAUGAAAGGAUUGUCAUCAGUAGUCUCAUCGUCAGCUGAAACCCAUUCAUCUGCACAACCAUCAUCUGUGACUCGUUCCACAGCUAAAUCCAGUUCAGCAACAUCACAAAUCUCUUCAGAAACGCCAUCAGCUUCAGAAACCCAUGGUACACACACCCAAAUAUCACUCAGAACUGGGACCUCAUCAGAAACGUAUCCUACAGCAACAGAAAUGUCAGCAUCAGAAAACCACUUGUCAGCACAGAGUCCAUCAACACUUUCAUCAACAUCAGAAAGCAAUCCAACAUCAGUGCAUGUAUCUUCCGUUACUGGGUCUUCUUCAGAAUCCCAUCCAGUAGUGAGGCAAGUAUCAUCAGUAACUGAGACCCCAUCAGAGACCACUCAGGAGUCAUCACAAUUAACCUCUUCACGGCAAUCUUCAUCUGAAUCUCUUUCGGCAAACAUUGCAGUAACGCUGAUGACACAGUCAUCAUCAGAACGCCGGCCAACAGUGACACAGCUAACAUCUAGCAAUGAGUCACCAGCAGAAACCACUUCAAGAGAAGCACGAGCAUCACCGGUAACUGAGACAUCAUCAGUAACACAUCCAAAAACAAGUAACGUGUCAUUCAAAACUUUGGCCUCAACAGAAAGUAGUCUAACAAUGACACAGUUACCACAUAGAACUAAGUCAACAGCAGAAACCACUUCAAGUGAAGCACUGGUGUCACCAGUGACUGGGACUUCGUCAGUGACACAUCCAACAACUAACCUAUCAUCCAAAACUGUGACAUCAACAGAAAGCAAUCCAACAAUAACACACAUAUCGCUAAUAACUGAGACUUCAUCAGAAGGAUAUCCACCAUCAACACAAGUGUCUGCACAAACACAGAGUUCAUCAGAGACCCAUUCAACAAUGAAAGGAUUGUCAUCAGUCGUCUCAUCCUCAGCUGAAACCCAUUCAUCUGCACAACCGUCAUCAGUGACUCGUUCCACAGCUAAAUCCAGUUCAGCAACAUCACAACUCUCUUCAGAAACGCCAUCAGCUUCAGAAACCCAUGGUACACACACCCAAAUAUCACUCAGAACUGGUACUACAUCAGAAACGUAUGCUCCAACAACAGAGAUGCCAACCACAGAAAGCCAUUUGUCAACACAGAGCUCAUCAAAACUUUCUUCAAUCUCAGAAAGCAAUCCAACAACAGCACAUGUAUCUUCCAUAACAGGGUCUUCUUCAGAGGCCCAUCCGUUUGUGACACAAGUUUCAUCAACAACUAACACCCAUUUCGAGACCAGUCAAGGAUCGUCACAAUUGACCUCUGCAGGACAAUCUUCGUCUGAAUCUCAUUCGGAGUACACUCCAGUCACACUGAUGAAGCAAUCAUCAUUAGAAAGCCGGCCAACAAUGACACCAUUCACAAGCAGCACUGUGUCAACAGCAGAAUUCACUUCAGGACCAGCACGAGUGUCACCAGUGACUGAAACUGCAUCAAUGACACAUUCAACAAAUUACGUGCUGUCCAAAACUGUGCCAUCAUCAGAAAGCAAUCCAACAAUAACACAUGUAUCACUAACACCUAAGACUUCAUCAGAAGGAUAUCCACCAUUAACACAAGUGUCUGCACAAUCACAGACGUCACCAGAGACACAUUCAACAAUGAAAGGAUUGUCAUCAGUAGUCUCAUCCUCAGCUGAAACCCAUUCAUCUGCACAACCAUCAUCAGUGACUCGUUCCACAGCUAAAUCCAGUUCAGCAACAUCACAAAUCUCUUCAGAAACGCCAUCAGCUUCAGAAACCCAUGGUACACACACCCAACUAUCACUCAGAACUGGUACUACAUCAGAAACGUAUCCUACAGCAACAGAAAUGUCAGCAUCAAUAAACCACUUGUCAGCACAGACUCCAUCAACACUUUCAUCAACAUCAGAAAGCAAUCCAACAUCAGUGCAUGUAUCUUCUGUUACUGGGUCUUCUUCAGAAUCCCAUCCAGUAGUGAGGCAAGUAUCAUCAAUAACUGAGACCCCAUCAGAAACCACUCAGGAGUCAUCACAAUUAACCUCUUCACGGCAAUCUUCAUCUGAAUCUCUUUCGGCAAACAUUGCAGUAACACUGAUGACACAGUCAUCAUCAGAACGCCGGCCAACAGUGACACAGCUAACAUCUAGCAAUGAGUCACCAGCAGAAACCACUUCAAGAGAAGCACGAGCAUCACCGGUAACUCAGACAUCAUCAGUAACACAUCCAAAAACAAGUAACGUGUCAUUCAAAACUUUGGCCUCAACAGAAAGUAGUCUAACAAUGACACAGUUACCACACAGAACUAAGUCAACAGCAGAAACCACUUCAAGUGAAGCACUAGUGUCACCAGUGACUGGGACUUCGUCAGUGACACAUCCAACAACUAACCUAUCAUCCAAAACUGUAACAUCAACAGAAAGCAAUCCAACAAUAACACACAUAUCGCUAAUAACUGAGACUUCAUCAGAAGGAUAUCCACCAUUCACACAAGUGUCUGCACAAACACAGAGUUCAUCAGAGACCCAUUCAACAAUGAAAGGAUUGUCAUCAGUAGUCUCAUCGUCAGCUGAAACCCAUUCAUCUGCACAACCAUCAUCUGUGACUCGUUCCACAGCUAAAUCCAGUUCAGCAACAUCACAACUCUCUUCAGAAACGCCAUCAGCUUCAGAAACACAUGGUACACACACCCAAAUAUCACUCAGAACUGGUACUACAUCAGAAACGUAUGCUCCACCAACAGAGAUGCCAACAACAGAAAGCCAUUUGUCAGCACAGAGCUCAUCAAAACUUUCUUCAAUAUCAGAAAGCAAUCCAACAACAGCACAUGUAUCUUCCAUAACAGGGUCUUCUUCAGAGGCCCAUCCGUUUGUGACACAAGUUUCAUCAACAACUAACACCCAUUUCGAGACCAGUCAAGGAUCGUCACAAUUGACCUCUGCAGGACAAUCUUCGUCUGAAUCUCAUUCGGAGUACACUCCAGUCACACUGAUGAAGCAAUCAUCAUUAGAAAGCCGGCCAACAAUGACACCAUUCUCAAGCAGCACUGUGUCAACAGCAGAAUUCACUUCAGGACCAGCACUAGUGUCACCAGUGACUGAAACUGCAUCAAUGACACAUUCAACAAAUUACGUGCUGUCCAAAACUGUGCCAUCAUCAGAAAGCAAUCCAACAAUAACACAUGUAUCACUAACACCUGAGACUUCAUCAGAAGGAUAUCCACCAUCAACACAAGUGUCAGCACAAUCACAGAGUUCAUCAGAGACACAUUCAACAAUGAAAGGAUUGUCAUCAGUAGUCUCAUCCUCAGCUGAAACCCAUUCAUCUGCACAACCAUCAUCAGUGACUCGUUCCACAGCUAAAUCCAGUUCAGCAACGUCACAAAUCUCUUCAGAAACGCCAUCAGCUUCAGAAACACAUGGUACGCAUACCCAAAGAUCAUUCCAAACUGGGACCUCAUCAGAAACGUAUCCUACAGCAACAGAAAUGUCAGCAUCAAUAAACCACUUGUCUGCACAGAGUCCAUCAACACUUUCAUCAACAUCAGAAAGCAAUCCAACAUCAGUGCAUGUAUCUUCCGUAACUGGGUCUUCUUCAGAAUCCCAUCCAGUAGUGAGGCAAGUAUCAUCAGUAACUGAGACCCCAUCAGAGACCACUCAGGAGUCAUCACAAUUAACCUCUUCACGGCAAUCUUCAUCUGAAUCUCUUUCGGCAAACAUUGCAGUAACGCUGAUGACACAGUCAUCAUCAGAACGCCGGCCAACAGUGACACAGCUAACAUCUAGCAAUGAGUCACCAGCAGAAACCACUUCAAGAGAAGCACGAGCAUCACCGGUAACUCAGACAUCAUCAGUAACACUUCCAAAAACAAGUAACGUGUCAUUCAAAACUUUGGCCUCAACAGAAAGUAGUCUAACAAUGACACAGUUGCCACAUAGAACUAAGUCAACAGCAGAAACCACUUCAAGUGAAGCACUGGUGUCACCAGUGACUGGGACUUCGUCAGUGACACAUCCAACAACUAACCUAUCAUCCAAAACUGUGACAUCAACAGAAAGCAAUCCAACAAUAACACACAUAUCGCUAAUAACUGAGACUUCAUCAGAAGGAUAUCCACCAUCAACACAAGUGUCUGCACAAACACAGAGUUCAUCAGAGACCCAUUCAACAAUGAAAGGAUUGUCAUCAGUAGUCUCAUCGUCAGCUGAAACCCAUUCAUCUGCACAACCAUCAUCAGUGACUCGUUCCACAGCUAAAUCCAGUUCAGCAACAUCACAAAUCUCUUCAGAAACGCCAUCAGCUUCAGAAACCCAUGGUACACACACCCAAAUAUCACUCAGAACUGGUACUACAUCAGAAACGUAUGCUCCAACAACAGAAAUGUCAGCAUCAAUAAACCACUUGUCAGCACAGACUCCAUCAACACUUUCAUCAACAUCAGAAAGCAAUCCAACAUCAGUGCAUGUAUCUUCCGUUACUGGGUCUUCUUCAGAAUCCCAUCCAGUAGUGAGGCAAGUAUCAUCAGUAACUGAGACCCCAUCAGAAACCACUCAGGAGUCAUCACAAUUAACCUCUUCACGGCAAUCUUCAUCUGAAUCUCUUUCGGCAAACAUUGCAGUAACACUGAUGACACAGUCAUCAUCAGAACGCCGGCCAACAGUGACACAGCUAACAUCUAGCAAUGAGUCACCAGCAGAAACCACUUCAAGAGAAGCACGAGCAUCACUGGUAACUCAGACAUCAUCAGUAACACAUCCAAAAACAAGUAACGUGUCAUUCAAAACUUUGGCCUCAACAGAAAGUAGUCUAACAAUGACACAGUUACCACAUAGAACUAAGUCAACAGCAGAAACCACUUCAAGUGAAGCACUGGUGUCACCAGUGACUGGGACUUCGUCAGUGACACAUCCAACAACUAACCUAUCAUCCAAAACUGUGACAUCAACAGAAAGCAAUCCAACAAUAACACACAUAUCGCUAAUAACUGAGACUUCAUCAGAAGGAUAUCCACCAUCAACACAAGUGUCUGCACAAACACAGAGUUCAUCAGAGACCCAUUCAACAAUGAAAGGAUUGUCAUCAGUCGUCUCAUCCUCAGCUGAAACCCAUUCAUCUGCACAACCGUCAUCAGUGACUCGUUCCACAGCUAAAUCCAGUUCAGCAACAUCACAACUCUCUUCAGAAACGCCAUCAGCUUCAGAAACCCAUGGUACACACACCCAAAUAUCACUCAGAACUGGUACUACAUCAGAAACGUAUGCUCCAACAACAGAGAUGCCAACCACAGAAAGCCAUUUGUCAACACAGAGCUCAUCAAAACUUUCUUCAAUCUCAGAAAGCAAUCCAACAACAGCACAUGUAUCUUCCAUAACAGGGUCUUCUUCAGAGGCCCAUCCGUUUGUGACACAAGUUUCAUCAACAACUAACACCCAUUUCGAGACCAGUCAAGGAUCGUCACAAUUGACCUCUGCAGGACAAUCUUCGUCUGAAUCUCAUUCGGAGUACACUCCAGUCACACUGAUGAAGCAAUCAUCAUUAGAAAGCCGGCCAACAAUGACACCAUUCACAAGCAGCACUGUGUCAACAGCAGAAUUCACUUCAGGACCAGCACUAGUGUCACCAGUGACUGAAACUGCAUCAAUGACACAUUCAACAAAUUACGUGCUGUCCAAAACUGUGCCAUCAUCAGGAAGCAAUCCAACAAUAACACAUGUAUCACUAACACCUAAGACUUCAUCAGAAGGAUAUCCACCAUCAACACAAGUGUCUGCACAAUCACAGAGUUCACCAGAGACACAUUCAACAAUGAAAGGAUUGUCAUCAGUAGUCUCAUCCUCAGCUGAAACCCAUUCAUCUGCACAACCAUCAUCUGUGACUCGUUCCACAGCUAAAUCCAGUUCAGCAACAUCACAAAUCUCUUCAGAAACGCCAUCAGCUUCAGAAACCCAUGGUACACACACCCAAAUAUCACUCAGAACUGGGACCUCAUCAGAAACGUAUCCUACAGCAACAGAAAUGUCAGCAUCAAUAAACCACUUGUCAGCACAGACUCCAUCAACACUUUCAUCAACAUCAGAAAGCAAUCCAACAUCAGUGCAUGUAUCUUCUGUUACUGGGUCUUCUUCAGAAUCCCAUCCAGUAGUGAGGCAAGUAUCAUCAAUAACUGAGACCCCAUCAGAAACCACUCAGGAGUCAUCACAAUUAACCUCUUCACGGCAAUCUUCAUCUGAAUCUCUUUCGGCAAACAUUGCAGUAACACUGAUGACACAGUCAUCAUCAGAACGCCGGCCAACAGUGACACAGCUAACAUCUAGCAAUGAGUCACCAGCAGAAACCACUUCAAGAGAAGCACGAGCAUCACCGGUAACUCAGACAUCAUCAGUAACACAUCCAAAAACAAGUAACGUGUCAUUCAAAACUUUGGCCUCAACAGAAAGUAGUCUAACAAUGACACAGUUACCACACAGAACUAAGUCAACAGCAGAAACCACUUCAAGUGAAGCACUAGUGUCACCAGUGACUGGGACUUCGUCAGUGACACAUCCAACAACUAACCUAUCAUCCAAAACUGUGACAUCAACAGAAAGCAAUCCAACAAUAACACACAUAUCGCUAAUAACUGAGACUUCAUCAGAAGGAUAUCCACCAUUCACACAAGUGUCUGCACAAACACAGAGUUCAUCAGAGACCCAUUCAACAAUGAAAGGAUUGUCAUCAGUAGUCUCAUCGUCAGCUGAAACCCAUUCAUCUGCACAACCAUCAUCUGUGACUCGUUCCACAGCUAAAUCCAGUUCAGCAACAUCACAAAUCUCUUCAGAAACGCCUUCAGCUUCAGAAACACAUGGUACACACACCCAAAUAUCACUCAGAACUGGUACUACAUCAGAAACGUAUGCUCCACCAACAGAGAUGCCAACAACAGAAAGCCAUUUGUCAGCACAGAGCUCAUCAAAACUUUCUUCAAUAUCAGAAAGCAAUCCAACAACAGCACAUGUAUCUUCCAUAACAGGGUCUUCUUCAGAGGCCCAUCCGUUUGUGACACAAGUUUCAUCAACAACUAACACCCAUUUCGAGACCAGUCAAGGAUCGUCACAAUUGACCUCUGCAGGACAAUCUUCGUCUGAAUCUCAUUCGGAGUACACUCCAGUCACACUGAUGAAGCAAUCAUCAUUAGAAAGCCGGCCAACAACGACACCAUUCUCAAGCAGCACUGUGUCAACAGCAGAAUUCCCUUCAGGACCAGCAGUAGUGUCACCAGUGACUGAAACUGCAUCAAUGACACAUUCAACAAAUUACGUGCUGUCCAAAACUGUGCCAUCAUCAGAAAGCAAUCCAACAAUAACACAUGUAUCACUAACACCUGAGACUUCAUCAGAAGGAUAUCCACCAUCAACACAAGUGUCAGCACAAUCACAGAGUUCACCAGAGACACAUUCAACAAUGAAAGGAUUGUCAUCAGUAGUCUCAUCCUCAGCUGAAACCCAUUCAUCUGCACAACCAUCAUCAGUGACUCGUUCCACAGCUAAAUCCAGUUCAGCAACGUCACAAAUCUCUUCAGAAACGCCAUCAGCUUCAGAAACACAUGGUACGCAUACCCAAAGAUCAUUCCAAACUGGGACCUCAUCAGAAACGUAUCCUACAGCAACAGAAAUGUCAGCAUCAAUAAACCACUUGCCUGCACAGAGUCCAUCAACACUUUCAUCAACAUCAGAAAGCAAUCCAACAUCAGUGCAUGUAUCUUCUGUAACUGGGUCUUCUUCAGAAUCCCAUCCAGUAGUGAGGCAAGUAUCAUCAGUAACUGAGACCCCAUCAGAGACCACUCAGGAGUCAUCACAAUUAACCUCUUCACGGCAAUCUUCAUCUGAAUCUCUUUCGGCAAACAUUGCAGUAACGCUGAUGACACAGUCAUCAUCAGAACGCCGGCCAACAGUGACACAGCUAACAUCUAGCAAUGAGUCACCAGCAGAAACCACUUCAAGAGAAGCACGAGCAUCACCGGUAACUCAGACAUCAUCAGUAACACUUCCAAAAACAAGUAACGUGUCAUUCAAAACUUUGGCCUCAACAGAAAGUAGUCUAACAAUGACACAGUUACCACAUAGAACUAAGUCAACAGCAGAAACCACUUCAAGUGAAGCACUGGUGUCACCAGUGACUGGGACUUCGUCAGUGACACAUCCAACAACUAACCUAUCAUCCAAAACUGUGACAUCAACAGAAAGCAAUCCAACAAUAACACACAUAUCGCUAAUAACUGAGACUUCAUCAGAAGGAUAUCCACCAUCAACACAAGUGUCUGCACAAACACAGAGUUCAUCAGAGACCCAUUCAACAAUGAAAGGAUUGUCAUCAGUAGUCUCAUCGUCAGCUGAAACCCAUUCAUCUGCACAACCAUCAUCUGUGACUCGUUCCACAGCUAAAUCCAGUUCAGCAACGUCACAACUCUCUUCAGAAACGCCUUCAGCUUCAGAAGCCCAUGGUACACACACCCAAAUAUCACUCAGAACUGGUACUACAUCAGAAACGUAUGCUCCAACAACAGAGAUGCCAACCACAGAAAGCCAUUUGUCAACACAGAGCUCAUCAAAACUUUCUUCAAUCUCAGAAAGCAAUCCAACAACAGCACAUGUAUCUUCCAUAACAGGGUCUUCUUCAGAGGCCCAUCCGUUUGUGACACAAGUUUCAUCAACAAGUAACAGCCAGUUCGAGACCAGUCAAGGAUCAUCACAAUUGACCUCUGCAGGACAAUCUUCGUCUGAAUCUCAUUCGGAGUACACUCCAGUCACACUGAUGAAGCAAUCAUCAUUAGAAAGCCGGCCAACAAUGACACCAUUCUCAAGCAGCACUGUGUCAACAGCAGAAUUCACUUCAGGACCAGCACUAGUAUCACCAGUGACUGAAACUGCAUCAAUGACACAUUCAACAAAUUACGUGCUGUCCAAAACUGUGCCAUCAUCAGAAAGCAAUCCAACAAUAACACAUGUAUCACUAACACCUAAGACUUCAUCAGAAGGAUAUCCACCAUCAACACAAUUGUCUGCACAAUCACAGACGUCACCAGAGACACAUUCAACAAUGAAAGGAUUGUCAUCAGUAGUCUCAUCCUCAGCUGAAACCCAUUCAUCUGCCCAACCAUCAUCAGUGACUCGUUCCACAGCUAAAUCCAGUUCAGCAACAUCACAAAUCUCUUCAGAAACGCCAUCAGCUUCAGAAACCCAUGGUACACACAGCCAAAUAUCACUCAGAACUGGUACUACAUCAGAAACGUAUCCUACAGCAACAGAAAUAAUCCCAUCCAGUAGUGAGGCAAGUAUCAUCAAUAACUGA